AUGGAUGGAGAGCUCUACAAGAAGAUCCCAGAAGUUGAUUUACUCCUAAGAUGUCUGAGUCAGGAAGAAUCUGUGAAGAUUAUGGAAAAAGUAUAUGAAGGAACAAAUCUCUGCCUUCUUGGUUCUCAAUCUGAAUUUUUUGGUCGAGCUGCUCCUCUCUCCGUUUUUGGUCGAGCAGCUCCUCUCUUCAUCGCCUUCUUCUUCGUUGCUCGAUCUGGAUUCAUGAUGGAUGUUGUUUUUCUGAUGGUUAAGUAUGGUGAUCAAGUGUUGCCGAUCAAAGUUUCAGAUGAUUUUAAUUAUAAUGUAUUGUUGCGUAGUAUUGUUGAUAAAUGGAGUUGUUUGGAUUCUAACAACUUCCAUUUGCUUUAUUCAAUACCUGCGUAUACUGGGUGCUCUUUGAGGAAUGAUGAAGAAUUUCGCACAAUGAUAUCGUUGAUUUCUGUUUUACGUUUGCAGCUUGUGGAAGUUGUUGUCACAGUUGACAUUGGUGGUUUGACUGGGAGUGUUGCUAGUGUGUCAAAUGUAAAUGUCCAUGUGAAUAAUUUUGGUGAUGCUGAAACUAUUGAUGAGAGUGAGGAGGUUUUUAGUAGUAGAAUUUGUUCUUCUUCUAAUUCUCGUCCUUUGCUUUCGUCUUCUUGGGCUAGUUUUAUCACUCAUGUUGGGCAGGGGUUUGAUGGAGGUGUAGCUGAUUUUAGGAUUUCUUUAAGUAAAUAUUCGAUUGAAAGAGGGUUUAAGUUUGUUUAUUUAAGGAACAAUGAGGAGAGGGUGGAUGCCCAUUGUGCAAACAAGUAUUCUGAAGGAUGCAAUUGGUUCGUUCAUGGUUCUUUGUCUAAAGUAAAUGGUGUUUUCUACGUUAGGAAGUUGUGUAAUGUGCAUACUUGUACUGUAUUGUUGAGGAGGGACACGAGCUUAAGGAUGAGUUCGAAACUAAUAUCUGGUUUGAUUGUUGAUAUUGUGAGGAGUAAACCUUCUUUGACCCCGAAUGAUGUUGUUUCUCAUUGUCUUUCAAGCUAUGGUUGUAUUGUUUCCUAUGACAAGGCCUGGGGUGCUUUGGAGAAAGCAAAAGCUUUUAUUUUUGGUGACUCUUCUGAAUCCUACAAGCAGUUAAGAUGGUAUGUUAAUGCAACUAGGUCUACUAAUCCCAGGAGUCAUAUUGUUUUAGAACUUGAUGAAGCUUCAAAAAAAUUUCAGCAUUUGUUUGUUGGUCUUUCUGCUUGCAUACAUGGUUUUUCUCACUGUCGUCCCAUGUUGUUUCUUGAUGGGACUUUUUUGAAAGGUCGUUUUAAAGGGAUAUUGUUGUCUGCGACUGGAAAGAAUGGUAACCAAGGGUUGUUUCCAUUGGCUUUUGCGGUUGUAGAUGCGGAAAAUCUUGUUAAUUGGUUGUGGUUCUUGGAGCAGUUACGUAUUGUGAAUUUGAGAGAUAAAUUUAGUCGUGGGGCAUUUAGUAACAAACAAAGGGAACGAAUGGUAUGGUUGUUUCGGGAGUGUGCACAUGCUCCUAGUGUUUCAAUACUUAACGAUAAUUUGAUGAAACUGAAAAAUGAGGGUGGGGUGAUUGUUGACAACUUUUUGGCGGAUUUGCCUUUAAAGUGUUGGACGAAUGCCUAUAGCGUUGGAUGUCAGUAUGGUGAGAUGUAUUCCAAUGCCGCUGAAUCGUUUAAUGCUUGGAUACUUGAUUGUAGAGAUUUGCCUAUUACUCAGAUGGUUGAUAAGAUCAGAGUUAAACUUAUGGACUGGUUUUAUGAAAGGAAUACUGAAUCUGGUUCGUGGAGCAGGGUUUUGUGCCCUAAGAUGGUAGAAAAGCUGCAGAAGUAUGUCGAUGAAUGUCGGCCUUGGAUUAUUCAUAGAGCAUCUGAUAGCAAAUUUGAAGUUGUUUCAGAUCCUCCCCAUGGUGUAGAUAUUUCUUCAUGUAAAUGCUCAUGUGGUAUGUGGAGUCUUAAUGGUUACCCAUGUGUGCAUGCGGUCAAGGCAAUAAGUAGGUGUGGCAGGCCUAUUGAAGAAUUUGUUCCCUACUAUUUCCAUGUUUCAGCUUUCCGAAAGUCAUAUGAAGAGCCGAUUCAUCCCAUUCCUGCUUCGUUAAGUGUUGAUUUUAAGGAUGAAAACUUUGAGAUUUUACCUCCUGUUACAAAGAGGCAACCUGGAAGGCCUAGAAAGAGGCGCAUUAGAUCAAGGGGUGAGGAGGUACGAAGGAUUCGUUGUGGUAGGUGCGGAAAGUUAGGCACCCACAAUAGGAAAUCUUGCAAGGAGCCUUUAGCUUAG